AUGUGGGAUUCUUCGGACGACAGCGCUGGCCACGAGGCCCGGCGUCUGGUGGUUCAGUCGGCGCGCCUCUUUGGGCGGGAUAGUCCGCUGAAGCGUGUUCUAAACUGGAAAGGCCAAUCCGUCCCCACUGCGGCCGCCCAGGGUUCAAGAUUGCGGGGCUUAAUUGCGUUAUGCGCGGCGCGUUGGCAACGGUUUGCUCCUGCAGCUGCGUAUGCCGAUUUUGCCGUGCUUUUCCAGCAGAGCUGGCAGGAGUAA